CACAACACAGACCCACAUACAUCUCAACUCAGUCCGAGGCCUACCAGCGUACCAUGAUAAAUUAGCAAACAUUAACCCUUUCUGAUAUCCUGAGUUAUAAGGUGCACUAUACUUACACAUACACACGUGUUAAUCUUGAACGUUUAUAGAUUCAAACGAAAUCACAUGGGGGAGCUGUGGCUCUCACAUGACAAGCUGAGCCAUGGCUGGAGAGAUCAAUGAAGGGUCCGUCCCUCCGUACUACAGGGAAGUGUAUGAAGCCAUCCGAUGUAGAACGGAUGAGAGGGUACAGGUGGAGGUGUUUCAGAGGUUACUCGACAGGACGGAUCUCCAGAAGGCUGCUCUAGGACAGAUUGCUGAGCACGUUGAUUCGACGGGAGGCUUUCUGAGCAAGUUGUCCCUCUAUAAGGCACUGGCCUUGAUUGCUCUCGCACAACAAGGGAAGCAGCCGAGUCCGAAGCUUCUGGAGAACUGCAUACAAGAGCUGCCAAAGCCCCAGCUUGGUGAGCCCCAGGACCUAGGGACAUUGAGGAUGCAGGCGACCCCAGACGACCCGCUCACGGUGGCUCACAGCCUGGAUAAGCUGCUGGUCAGGGACUGCGUUCAGGUGGAGCUCAUCCCCGAGAAGAAGGGCCUGUUCCUCAAACACGUGGAGUACCAGGUCACCAGCCAGCAUCACAAGAUAUCAGUUUACAGGCGCUACAGUGAUUUUGACGUCUUUCAUGAGUUGCUGGUGCAAAGAUUUGCCUACCGAAUGGUGCCAGCCCUUCCACCGAAGAGGAUGUUAAAAGGAGUCCUGACUUCUAUCUCGGAGCGAGAGUUCAUCGAGGGGCGGCGGCGGGCCCUGGGCCGUUUCCUCAACCUGGUGGCGCGCCACCCGUUCUCCUCAGACGACGAACUGGUGAAGAUCUUCCUCGCGUUCAACGGAUCGGACGUUCAAAUCAAACUACGUGACGCCUACAAGAGAAUGGGCGACGAGUUCAUCACAAACCGGAUUGCAACCCAGGCAAAGGAAUAUCUUCCCACUGACAUCCAGAACCAAUUCUCAGCCAGCAGAGAGUUGAUAAGAAACAUCCACAACAGCUUCCAAAAGCUGCGAGACAGAGCUGAAAAAAUGGCUGAGCGCUCUAAAGAGAACGCAACCGAUUUGCUCAUGUUUGGCAGAGAACUCAGUACGCUGGGCUCAGAUGCCUCAUCGAUUCCCCCUCUGGCUUCCUCUCAGAGCACCUGGGCGACCUUGAGGAAAUCUCUCAAAGGCCUCUCUGUAGAAUUUGCAUUGCUGUCGGACAAAGCCGCUCAACAGGGUCGGAGGGAGGAAGACGACGUGGUGGAAAAGCUGAAUUUCUUUCUGGAUCUGCUGCAAUCAUACAGAGACCUGUGUGAGAGGCACGAGAAAGGCGUGCUCCACGAGCACCAGAGAGCCCUGCAGAAGUACAGCGUGAUGAAGAGGCAGAUGAUGAGCGCCACCGCGCAGUCCAAGGAGCAGGUGUCCGUGGAACAGCUUGAGUCCCGCAUCGUUCAGCAAGAAAACGCUAUCCAGACCAUGGAACUGCGAAACUACUUCUCCCUGUUCUGCCUCCACCAAGAGACUCAGCUCAUCUUCACCUACCUGCCUAUGACCUACCACAUCCUGGGGGCCUUUGUCAAGUCCCAGGUCCAAGGACACACAGAGAUGGGUGAGGUGUGGAAUGAUCUUCAGCCUAAACUUGGAUUUCUCUUCAGUAAUAAUGGAAUAAAGAUUGAGCCACCGUAUUAAACUGCCAAUCUACCACAGGCUGCUAAUGCAAAUCAUAAACUGAAAAGUCCUUAUCUGCAAGCUAAAAGAAGACGUAACCCAGCAUUAAACUUUUGCUAUAAAGAAAAAGUAUCCAGUGUUCUACAUUGCAAAUUAUUUUUUGCAACGUAAUCAUAUGCAAGGUUUUUGUUGUUGCUGUAUUGCCUUGAAACUGAAAACUGACAAUAGUAAUAUAAGAUUUUUUCUUUUUUUUUCAUUCACAUAUCACUGUAAAACAAGGAAAAGCUGAUGACAAGAAAAACCCUGUACAUUUUAAUUAAGGAGCUGUAGAAGUCAGAUAUAUUUUUGUUCAUUCCAUUCUCUUAUGAGCCAAAUGUGUAAAUACUUUACAAAGUACACCCAAGAUAAGUGGCAAAAAAAGUGGAACAGGUGCCCUUUACCUGGAGCUGGCCAAGUAUGUUAUCAUAUUUGCCAAUGGGCUUUUGCAUCAGACUAACUGGAAAACACAUGGUUAUAUUCAAAAUAUGAAUGUAACUGAAAUAUAUUUUUCAUAAAUGAAGGGCUUACUUUAUAGAUGUUAGCAUAGUUUAUUGGAUCCUUUCUAGGUGAGCUUCUGUCAUUCCAUUCUUUUUAGAUUGCAAAUAUAUGAAACAAAUAUAACUACAGACAUCAAGCUCGCACAUAUUUGUCAAACAAAAGUGGUAUUCGUAUCAUUUAUCUGAUGAAAUUAUAUUUUCUAUUUUGUACAUAUUUUUAACAAUGGGCUGUUGACAUUUAUCCAACAAUUUGUACCAAAAUGUGUUCUCACUCACUGUAUUUUCUAUCGCUGGCUGUGAUAACAGGGCAAGAUGAAAAUCUUUUUGUGUUUUAAUACCUUAUUCCAUUUAUGGUAUUGAAAAAUGUAUUUCAUACAUACUUGUACUGUACAAUGAUUUUUCUAUGGAACAACAUUUCUAAGCUAUGUCAAAGGGACUUGUCCUGUCUGAAUCUGAAGCUAUGUUUUACACUAUAAUUCACUUGCUUGAAAACAGUUCAUACUUUUUGCACAGAUGUUUGGUUUAAGAGUUAAUGAAGGUAAAAACAAUUCUUGUUUAAUGACGGUUGGAUGACUGAGGAUAUGGAGGCAAAGUGGAAAAUUGUGAAAUAUAAAGAUCUAUAAAACGUUUAUUAUGCUCAA